AUGUUCACUUUGAAAUUCGCGAUUACCGUAUUCUAUGGUGGAUUAUCGUUUGUGGCAUAUUUUUUGACUGUUUUUAUGAUGCGAGCAAACUGGAAAGAAUUCUCAAUCGCCUUUUUUCGGCUUUACAUCGCAUUUUUUAUUUACGUAAGUCAAUGUUUUUCUGCAAAUGUCUAAAACUACAAAUAUAAUUUGAUUUGUUUCAAGAAUUUGAUAACAUUUGUGAAUUCAUUCAUCACAGUUCGUAUUCCUCAAAAUACUUGCAAAGAUUGUUACAUGUCGUUUCUAUUCAAAGCACAUUCUCAAAAUAAUACAUCCUGGUUCCCUCUUAAUUUUUUCUAUACAAUUCACUAUAGUAUGGCAUUUGUUCAAUAUGCAAUGAUUAUGUUUGUCUCGAUCAAUCGAUGUUCUAUGAUAUUCAAUUUAACAUCUUACAAUAAUCAAUGGAAACGUAUUUUUCCUUGUAUCAUUGUAUUAGUUUCACUGUUUCCCUUAACACAAACCUAUCCUAUAUUUUUUAAUACCGCAUACUAUGUUUAUACAGAAGCUUUAGAUUGUUAUUCAACGAAAACAUUGGCGGUAAGGAUAAAUAACUGAUUUAUUCUGAAAUAUAACAGUAUUUUCAGAACACUGCCACGAUUUACAGCCAUCUUUUAAUUUAUAUGGGAGUUACGACUAUUAUAACCGCUUUAGCAAAUAUUUUUGCAUUUUGUAAACUCUCAUUAAUGAAUUCAAAAAUUCCAAAAGGUGAACAGAACCUAAUGUUUGUUAGUCUUGCAAUGUUCUUCGUUCAACUUUUUGCUGGGGGAAAUACGGUAUAUUUGAAGAGAAAAUAGGCUUAUAACAAAAUGUUUUUUUUUGACAGAUUAUAAACCGUCUAUUUGUAAGUGACAGUAAUGCUACUUCAACUUGGUCACAAAUUGCUCAAACAUUGAUUCCUUUUACAAGUGAUGGUUUGACUCUUAUUCAUCCUUGGAUUUUGCUAGCUUUUAGUAAACGAGUCAGAAAGUGUAUGAUGAAAACAUAUUUCCCAAGAUAUGUAACAACUCCAAUAACAAUUGCAGUUCAAUCUGGCAAAUCGAAAUCUGACCGUUAG